AGGCGGAGUCACGUGGUUUGGUUGCCUACGCGCUGCUGGGCCGUGGGAAGAUGGCGGACGGAAAGGGAGACGCCACGGCCGCCGCCGGGGCCGGGGCUGGGGCUGAGGCUCCGGCGGUGGCGGGAGCCGAAGUCGAGACUGAGUCCAUGGCUCGGGGUCAUCGCCCUGCAUCUCCGGCGUCGGGAGCGCCGGGCCUACGACCGUGUCUCUGGCAGCUGGAGACCGAGCUGAGGGAGCAGGAGGUGUCCGAGGUCUCAUCUUUGAGCUACUGCCGGAGCUUCUGCCAGACCUUAUUGCAAUAUGCAAGCAACAAGAAUGCAUCAGAACACAUUGUGUAUCUUCUGGAGGUAUACCGCCUCGCUAUCCAAAGCUUUGCCAGCGCACGUCCAUUUCUAACUACUGAAUGUGAAGAUGUUCUCUUAGUGCUUGGCAGAUUAGUCCUGUAAGUUUAAGCUCUUAAAGUACUUAAGAAUUGAGUACUGUUGAUUGUGAUGUUUGCCUGACUUCUUUACAGUGCCACUGUUUAUUCUGCAAAGCACCAAUUCCCUCUACUCUCAACCUUCAUUAAGUUCCCAAGAGGUAAAGUCCAAGUGAGGCACCAGCUAAACAAAAUCUACCUUUAGAAUCAGUCUCAUUCUCUCCCCCAUCCCUAACCCCCCACCCCCUUACCCCAAGAGUGACCUGGCUGUCCUGGAACUCUAGACCAGGCUGGCCUUGAACUCAGAUUCACCUGCCUCUGCCUCCAGAGUACUGGGAAUUAAGGCCUGCACCACCACUGCUCACUGAAGUCUUUCAUUCUCAGGUUUGUACUUCAGUUACACAGUCCAUUUUCCUUCUCUUUCCCAUAGGUAUAGAAUGAGGUUAAUCAGUUUGUUAUGACUGUGACCAAGUGCCGAAGAAAACCAACUUAAGAGAGAAUUAUUUUGCCAGUUUCAGGGGUUUUAGUCCAUCAUGAGAAGGAGGCCUGGUCAAGUAGAGCAGUCUUCACCCUGAAGCAAGAAGCAGAGAGAGAAUGCCUGCCCCAAGAAUGGGUUUGCUCCCUUAUCUUCCUAAUCUAUCUGGAGUUCGGGCUUUAGACAGCACUGCUUACCUCAACUGAAGUCUCCCCCUUAGUUAAUCAUUGGUGGAAAUCUUUCACAGAUACACCCUGUCCAUCUUCUAGGAAUCUCAGUCUAAUCAAGUCGGCAACCAGAAUUCAUUACCAUAGAUUUAGGAUCUGGAAAUUGGUUAUCUUUGAGAAAUAGCAUAUACUUGGAAAAGAAACUGAAACUUUGCAACUUGUUUACAUCUUUUGAACUGAAAAUAAUUUUACCAGCACAAAAUAUCAUUAUAGUAAAGCCACCCUAUGUGUCCAUAGUAUUUAGCUGUUUUAAUAUUGGGUUGCCUGCUAGCAGAUGAAAUUACACCAUUAACAUCGCUCAUCUCAACAGCUAUUCAGAUGUAGGCUGGUGCUGUCUCAUUUAGAUCCUGCAUCGCUGAGUGAGAUACGUGCUGGUCAGAGUACUCUAUCUUUUGUCUAGCCCUACCUGUUUGAAUUCUCUUCACCACAGCUGAAUCUCUGACAUUUUUGUGGAAGGUUAGUAUUCCCUAUUCAUCCCAUUGUUCUCCCUUCCAAGUCCCACUUACUUCCUGCCACUUGAUAUCAGUCUCUACCGGCAAAAUGAUGUGCUGUAAGAUUUAGGUGAGCUGUUGGCAGAUUGAUAUUUUGAGUUCUUUAUUGAUAUUUUUAGGAAUCUUCAAAAAAUCCUUUUCUGUUGCUUCUUCCCUCUCCCUGGGUAGUAGGUACUGUGGAAGGAAGAAUCAUUUUUGCUUGGUUUUAGAAGUGAAGAAAUCACUUAGCUGGUGGUUCUUUCCCCUGCAAGUGAUAGAAACGGAAGUGGAUGACAAUCUGCAUCUCUGUAUAACUGUGUCAGCUAAACUCACAGUGUUCUGAGAGCUUGUUCUUGGUCUAUAGGUCUGGGUAGCCUUCCUGUACAAGUGAACACUGCUUAGAAUGUGACUUUUUUUUGAAGGCUCAUAUAUAUCUAAAAUAUAUUAAAACAACAAUGUAAACAUAAAAGCAUUAUAGUUUUUCUUGUUUUUUUUUUUGUACUUGAAAAACCAAUAGAGCAACUUCAAAGAAAAGGUUUAAAGAGUAUACGUAUUUAAACUAUUUAGAGUAAGUAUAAAAUUCUUGCAUAUUUUUUCAUGUGGCACUUAAUUUAUUACUCUAACUUCAUUACAUACUUACAUAGUUAUUUGCAUUGUAGGAGUUGUUUUGAAUUACUGCUUUCAGUGUCUGAAAGUGAACUGCCCUGUGAAGUCUGGGUACCAUUCCUUCAGUCUCUACAGGAGUCACAUGAUGCAUUGUUGGAAUUUGGAAAUAAUAAUUUACAAAUACUGGUUCAUGUUACAAAAGAAGGAGUGUGGAAAAACCCCAUUCUUCUUAAAAUUCUGUCACAACAGCCAGUAGAGACAGAGGAAGGACUAUCUCUCAGGUCUUUUGGUCGCUGGAACACACUUUGAGAAAUGCCUGCUUUAGAGGAAACAGCACCACUGGCUUUGGAAUCCUUGUUAACAAAUUGAUUGCACAAGAAGGACCUUCCUUUCUACAAAUGAGAAUCAAGCAUUUGUUGAAGUCUAACUGCAUCCCCCAAGCUACUGCUUUAUCAAAACUGUGUGCAGAGUCUAAAGAACUUGCCCAGGUGUCGUGUUUUCAGCAAGCCUAUAUCACAUGUUUAUGUUCCAUGCUUCCCAGCGAAGAGGCUAUUCAGGAGAUUGCAAAGGUGGACUGCAAGGACGUGUUAGACAUCAUAUGUAAUCUGGAAUCUGAGGGUCAGGAUAACACAGCAUUUGUUCUUUGUACAACUUACCUUACCCAGCAGCUCCAAACGGCCAGUGUAUAUUGUUCUUGGGAGCUGACUCUCUUUUGGAGUAAACUGCAAAGAAGAAUUGACCCAUCUUUGGAGACAUUUUUGGAGCGUUGUCGGCAGUUUGGUGUCAUAGCUAAAACACAACAGCAUUUAUUUUGCCUGAUUAGAGUCAUACAGACUGAAGCACAAGAUGCUGGCAUUGGGGUAUCAAUUUUAUUAUGUGUCAGAGCUCUUCAACUCAGAUCAAGUGAAGAUGAGGAAAUGAAAGCUUCGGUCUGUAAAACAAUUUCCUGUCUUUUACCAGAAGAUUUGGAAGUCAGACGAGCCUGUCAGCUUACAGAAUUCUUAAUUGAACCCAGUUUGGAUGGAUUCAAUAUGCUGGAAGAACUGUAUUUGCAGCCAGAUCAAAAAUUUGAUGAAGAAAACGCACCAGUUCCAAAUUCCCUGCGGUGUGAGCUUUUACUAGCUUUAAAAGCCCAUUGGCCCUUUGAUCCUGAAUUUUGGGACUGGAAAACUUUGAAGCGACACUGCCACCAACUCCUGGGACAAGAAGCCUCAGAUUCCGAUGAUGACCUAAGUGGCUAUGAAAUGUCUAUUAAUGAUACAGAUGUCUUAGAGUCAUUUCUCAGUGACUAUGAUGAUGGAAAAGAAGAUAAGCAAUAUAGAAGAAGUCUAACAGAUCAGAAUAAGGAGAAAAGAGACAAAAAGCCCAUUGGUUCCUCUGAGAGAUACCAGAGGUGGCUUCAGUAUAAGUUUUUCUGUUUGUUGUGUAAGCGGGAAUGCAUAGAGGCCAGGAUUCUCCAUCAUUCCAAGAUGCACAUGGAAGAUGGAAUAUAUACCUGUCCAGUUUGUAUUAAAAAAUUCAAGAGAAAAGAGCUAUUUGUUCCUCACGUAAUGGAACAUGUUAAAAUGCCACCAAGCAGAAGCCACCGUUCUAGAAAGAAAUUACUAUUGAAAAGCGCUCAAAGGGGUAUUUAUCCCAAGAGUCCUACUGGAAGUCUGGAACAAAAUCCAGAGCAAGCCAGGGGAGAGUCUCAUGAAUAUGUCACAUUUAGCAAGUUAGAAGACCGCCGCCUGCAAGACAGAGACUUGUACCCGUGUCCGGGUACAGAUUGUUCCCGUGUGUUCAAACAGUUUAAAUAUUUAAGCGUGCAUCUUAAAGCUGAACACCAAAAUAAUGACGAAAACGCCAAGCACUACUUGGAUAUGAAAAAUAGGAGAGAGAAGUGUACUUAUUGCCGGCGGCAUUUCAUGUCAGCUUUUCACCUCCGAGAACAUGAGCAGGUGCAUUGUGGUCCUCAGCCUUACAUGUGUGUCUCUAUAGAUUGCUAUGCAAGGUUUGGGUCAGUGAAUGAACUCCUUAACCACAAGCAGAAGCAUGAUGACCUCCGUUACAAAUGUGAGUUGAAUGGCUGCAAUAUUGUGUUCAGUGACUUGGGCCAGCUUUACCACCAUGAAGCACAACACUUCAGGGAUGCAUCCUACACAUGCAAUGUCCUUGGCUGUAAAAAGUUCUAUUAUUCUAAAAUUGAAUACCAGAACCACCUCUCCAUGCAUAAUGUUGAAAGUCCAGAUGGAGAAUUAAAGAAAUCAGUGAAACUUGAGGAACCUGGAGCAGGUGGGAAGCAAGAUUGUGUGGACCAGUCCCAUCUACUUGAUGAAACUGAGAAGUCCCAUUCUCUUGAAGAUCACCAUCUCUGUCCAGGGUCAGCUAGUGCUCAUAUAGACACCACAGAGACCCUGAAGGACAACAGCGACAGCAAUUCUAGUGAUCAGUUAAGUCACAGCUCUUCCACGUCAAUAACUGAGGAGUUAAUUGACACCCUAGACCACUCUGAAACCAUGCAGGACCUGUUACUGUCUCAUGAGAAAGUCUUUGUUCCCUCCAGUUUAAAAGACAAGUGCUCCAAUGUGGCUGUUUGUUUUGAUGGAACUAAAUUCACCUGUGGUUUUGACGGCUGUGGCUCCACCUACAAAAACGCAAGAGGGAUGCAGAAACAUCUGCGGAAGGUGCAUCCGUACCACUGCAAGCCAAGAAAAAUAAAGACAAAAGACCUCUUUAACUGCCUGGAUGACAAACAUAAUGAAGCUGACAAGUUUGAUGCAGAACCUAAACCUAGCUCUGAUACAAAUAGUGACUCCCCAGAUGAAGGUCCAGAUCACAGUAUCCACACAAAAUGCAAACGAGAACAUCAAGGUUAUUCCCCUGAACCUUCCAUUUGUGCUUCUAAAAGGCCAUGUACAGAGGAUACAAUGUUGGAACUUCUGUUACGUUUGAAACAUUUAAGCUUGAAGAACUCAAUAGCACAUGGCUCUUUCUCAGGGUCAUUGCAAGGGUGCCCAUCUAGUGGUGCUAAGUCUCUUCAGUCAGUCCCAUCUUCCAUUUCAGACGUUAAUCUUCAGAAUCAGGAUGAAAAUAUGCCAAGUCAGUACCUUGCACAGUUGGCGGCAAAGCCUUUCUUCUGUGAGCUUCAAGGAUGCAAAUAUGAGUUUGUGACCAGAGAAGCUUUGUUAAUGCAUUAUCUUAAAAAGCAUAACUAUUCAAAAGAGAAGGUCCUUCAGUUAACCAUGUUUCAGCACCGAUAUUCCCCAUUCCGGUGUCACAUCUGCCAAAGGUCAUUUACAAGAAAAACACAUCUUAGGAUUCAUUAUAAAAACAAACAUCAAAUUGGCAGUGACAGGGCAACUCACAGACUGUUAGACAGUGAAAAAUGUGAUCAUGAAGGGCCAUGCUCAGUAGACAGACUGAAAGGUGACUGCUCUACAGAACUUGGUCCCAACAGUAAUUCAGAGACCACGCAAUGUCAUUCUAAAAAAGAUGAAUGCAGCUCAGAAACAGACUUGGAGUCCUCUUGUGAGGAAACAGAAAGUAAGAUCUCUGGUAUCUCAUCACCAAUAGGUAGCCAUAGAGAAGAGGGAGAGGAGAAAGAGGGGAGAGGAAGUAGGCGGACUGUUGCUAAAGGAAAUCUGUGCUAUAUUUUGAAUAAGUACCACAAACCAUUCCAUUGUAUCCACAAAACUUGCAAUUCUUCAUUUACCAAUCUAAAAGGCCUGAUUCGCCAUUACAGAACUGUGCAUCAGUACAACAAAGAGCAGUUAUGCUUAGAGAAGGACAAAGCAAGAACCAAAAGGGAGCUUGUAAAAUGUAAAAAGCUAUUUGCUUGCAAAUAUAAAGACUGUAACAAGCGCUUCCUGUGCUCCAAGGCCCUGGCUAAGCACUGUAGUGACUCUCAUAACCUAGACCACAUUGAAGAGUCUAAAGUGCUUUCUGAGACGGAGUCUGCAGCGAGGUUUUCUUGUAACCAGCCUCAGUGCCCUGCUGUUUUUUAUUCAUUCAGUAAGUUGAAACACCACCUGUUGGAACAGCAUAAUAUUGAAGGAGAAAUCCAUUCGGAUUAUGAGAUCCAUUGUACUCUUAAUGGCUGUGGCCAGAUUUUCAGCCAUCGAAGUAAUUACUUCCAGCAUGUCUACUACCGACAUAAGGACUAUUAUGACAACCUGUUCAGCAGCCAGAAAGUAGCAAAUGAGCGGCUUCUAAGGAGUGAAAAGGUGUGUCAGACAACUCAGGCACAAGGACUGACGCAGACGCAGGGGCAGACACAGGGACAGACGCAGGGACAGGAACAGCAGGCUGCCAAAAGGCCAUUUAAUACUAAAGCUAAAAAAUGUGGCUUACUCAAAGAUAAAAAAGCUCCAAUUACCUUUAAAACAAGAGCAGAAGCGAUCCAUAUGUGUGUUGAGCAUUCUGAGCACACACAGUACCCGUGCAUGGUUCAGGGAUGCUUGUCUGUGGUGAAGCUGGAAAGCAGCAUUGUGAGACAUUACAAACGUACCCACCAGAUGAAUAGUGCCUAUUUAGAGCAGCAGUUGGAGAACCUUGUGGUUUGUGUUAAGUAUGGUACCAAAAUUAAAGACGAGCCCCCUUCAGAAGUAGAGCCCUGUGUAAAGAAAGAGGAAAGUACUAGCUGUGAAUCGGUGCACACAGAGAAUGGAGCCCCAGGAGACAGCAGUGUGCCCCUCCCAAACACUGAUUCUACUUGCCCAGCUGAACAAGAUGUCGGUCAGAAAGGGUGUUCAGAAAGAAACCCAGUUUUUGACACACACAGUCUGCUCUACAGGGGAACUUUGAAAUGCAACCAUUCUUCAGAAACCACUUCUUUGGAACAGUGUAAUAUAGCUCAGUCUUCUCCCUGUAAAAUAGAAAGCCCCAUACCUAAUCCCAGUGGGACAGAAAGUGGUACUUAUUUCACGGACUUCCAGCUGCCAUUACCAAGGAUCAAAGAAGAACCUGGGCAGCAUAGUUCAGGGCAAGAAAACACUGUAAAGAAUGCAACCCAGGUCCCAAAAGAGAAUAUUAGAAAGCAUUCUCAGCCCAGGUCAUUUGAUCUGAAGACUUACAAACCUAUGGGAUUUGAGUCUUCCUUUCUGAAAUUUAUUCAGGAAAGUGAAGAGAAGGAUGAUGAUUUUGAUGACUGGGAGCCUUCAGAGCACUUAACAUUGAAUAACUCCUCUCACCCCAGUAAUGACUUGACAGGGAAUGUUGUGGCAGAUACCAUAGUGAAUGAGAGUGCCCCUCAAGUUGACAUACCUCAUUCUUCCAGUGACCCUCCAGUUUCAGAGAACCUGACUGCAGUCCCACCAUUAGUAGUAGCUGAAGCAACAGCAGUUCCUUCCUUGGAAAACCUGAGGGUUGUGCUGGACAAAGCAUUAACAGACUGUGGAGAACUUGCCUUAAAACAGCUUCAUUACCUUCGGCCUGUGGUUGUCCUUGAAAGAUCUAAGUUCUCUACACCAAUUUUAGACUUGUUUCCAACUAAGAAGACAGAUGAGCUUUGUGUAGGAAGUUCCUGAAUCACUGUUGUUUUUGAAGCACCUAGCUCCAGCACUGCAACAUGGGGACACUUGCUAACGUGAACAAAGGCUGGGAAUCAGCCACACUUGCUUAGGAUAGAAUAGGCUGUGUAUGUACAUGAAUGUACAAUAUCUGUGUCAGCAGUAUUGGCGGCGUCCAGUAGCUUUCCAGUUGGUUUAUUGAUUGGGAUUUUUGUUUGUUUGUUUGUUUGUUUAUUAAAAAAAUGGAACUGUACUCUUGUUUGGUGCUAAUUAAUACAUCAAAUAUACUGGGGCUUCCUUUUUCCAAUUAAGUGUGCAUGAUUGUAUAUGGAACAUAUAUUAAAGUCCCAGGGUGGGAGGGCUAGGGAAAGGGUAGGAAGUUCUUACUUGACUUGAAUGUGCACCCAAGGGUGCUUUGUGUAAUAUAUUGUACACUACAGCAUCUUAUAUUUUUUGAGUUGAGUUUCAAUAAAUUACAAUUUUUCACCCA